AAAAAAAAAAAAAAAAAAAAGGUGGUAGAUGCACAACGCCCCCGCCCUCCCUUCAUAUCAUAACCCUCGCCACCUUCCAGCCCCUUCCUUCUAUAACAGAAACCACCCUCUCCUCGCCGGAUUCUUCCCAAUCCUCGCCGGCGCUGCUUGCCUUGGCGCCUGCUGACUGCGAGAGAAGGAGUUUGCUGCGGCCCAAGGGGCUUUCCUAUUCGCUGUUUUUCCUUUUAAAGUCUGCUUCCAGCCAUGGUGAGCAUACGUCGACGGAAACAUUUGGGCAUGGGUCCAGGAAACAAUACAUACCUUGUUCAACUUCCAAGGUACAAUGAGAUCACAAACGAUUCUGGAGAUCCUGCCAAAAGCAUAAAGUCAUUUGAUAAUAGUUCCACUCCUUCAAUCGACUUGAGCCAAAAGAAGGAGAUUACGCUUCUGGAAGCUUGUCCUGGUUCUUCAAAUGUAUCAGGCUGCAGUUCAUCAAAAGAGAAACACAAUCACCGAAGUUCUCUAAAUAGCAUCAAUCAAGGGGCAGAAAUCAAACGUAGAAAGCGGCAGAGGAGAAAAUAUUUUGAAGAUCAGGAACCAUGUGUUAUGAGAGGUGUUUAUUUUAAGAACAUGAAGUGGCAGGCUGCAAUAAAAGUUGAUAAAAAACAAAUUCACUUGGGUACUGUUGGAUCGCAGGAAGAAGCUGCUCAUCUGUAUGACAGGGCAGCAUUUAUGUGUGGAAGGGAGCCUAAUUUUGAGCUUCCAGAGGAAGAGAAGAAAGAACUGCGCACUUUUGAUUGGGAAGGGUUUCUAGCAAUGACAAGGAGUGCCAUCACCAACAAAAAGCACCAGAAAAGGGUGGAAGCCGGAAGGCGGAAGAGGACGAGCAGUCAGACAAACUCAGUUGACAAUAAACCGAACCAAGUAGUAGUCGGUUUGGCAGCCUCAGAAGUGGAGGGUGAAACUUCCAACUCUUGACUGUUUUGACGAGUUUGAGGUCAGGUCAUCCUUCAUGCCUUAUUGUUAAUUCGUUCUUAUAAAGGCCCCUAUUUAGGGCAAAGUGGUUGUUAACCAUGUCAACAUUCAUUAAUUAAUAUAAUCUGAUCUUGCUUCUAGUGCAAUAAAGUUUCUUAAUGCCUUGUAAAGCUGUAAAAAGUCGAAA